UAAGUAAAAUUAGAAUAAUCAGUAAGCAAAAUAAAUUUUCAAAUAUGUCUUUAAUUCGACAAACGUAUUGUACUCUAAUAGUAUGUUACUCGUGUAUGAAUAUAGGAAUCAUGUUCGCGUGGCCGUCAUCCACCCUCAAGAUUUUCGAGUCAAAAAAUACAACUCUAAACAGACCUAUGACUGAAAUGGAAAUAGCACUCUUUGGGAGUUUAUCUUCUAUAUCGGCUUUAAUUACUACACCCAUAGCGGGCUUCCUCUUGGAUAUACUGGGGAGAAAAUAUAGUUGUAUACUAUUUAGUGUUCCGCCAGUGGUUGCCUGGUCCUUGAUCUCAACAUUCCCAUCUGUAACUGUAGUCCUAUUAUCUGUAUUUAUAUCAGGAUUAGGAGGCUGUAUGUUCGUAGUUGUACCCCUAUACAUCAGCGAAUUUUGUCAUGAAUCUAUCAGAGGCACCAUGACCUCUGGAUGCAUAAUUUUUUAUGGCGUUGGUUUAAUGGUGUCUUACAUCUUAGGAGGGCGUCUAGAUUAUCAUACAAUGAACUACGUGUGUCUGUUUAUAUCUGUUGUGGGCGUAUUAGCGCUUAUGAUUGUAAAAGAGUCGCCGACUUAUUUGAUGAAGAAAGGAUUACAUAAAGAAGCCGCAAACACAAUUGCUUUCUAUAGAUCCUCAAAACCUGGUUCAAAGGAAGUUUUACAAGAAAUGGAUGUGAUAAAAAGAACACUCAACCCACAAAUGGAUGAUGUGACACCUGAAGAGGAAAAACUGAAGAUCGAAGAUCAACCCCCAAAAAAACUUUCAUUACUUGAGUUCUUACAAAAAUCCCGUUCCACUCGUCGUGCAUUGGUUUUAAUCCUUGUGCUGUACUCCAUUGCCAUCUUCCAAGGGCUUGCAGUAGUGCAGGUCUAUGCAGAACCAUUGUUCGAAGAAGCUCUACCAAGCAUGUCUGCUAACUUGAGUAGCAUAUUAUUCGCACUCCUAAACACCAUCGCUGGUUUGACUUCAGCUUACAUGAUGGACCAUGCAGGAAGACGGCCCGUGAUGAUUUACUCGUCACUAGCAUCUUGCUUUUGCUGCGUAGCUUUAGGGACACAGAUUCAGUUACACUGGGGUCCACAUUGGCUAACUGCCAUAUUUGUCUACGCUUUCUGUGUAACGUGUACGUGUGGGGCUGGAACCGUACCCUACGUGAUGAUUGCUGAACUCUUUUUACCUGAGGUAAAGGGCGUGAUGUCAAUGCUGGGUGUACAGUGGGGAUGGAUAUGCAACUUCAUUAUCCUCUUCAUCUUCAACCCUCUGGUCGCAGCGAUGGGUUUGGGGCCGGUCUUCUACAUCUUUGCGAUUGUCAGCGUUAUUUCUACAGUAUUUAGUUAUUUCUACCUGCCAGAAACGAAUGGACUAACUGUGGACGUCAUUCAAACAUUGUUAGUUAAGAAGACGCAAUGUUGAAGAAAUAUCUGACUGGGUCUUUGUAUAGAAUAGACCUACUAGUUAGCAACGCAAAGGGUAGCUAGGUUAUAUAUAUUAACCAAUAAGUGACUUUUACGUUUUUAAUUUUUGCACCCUCGAUUUCAUUUUUUAUCACCCUUUUGUAUGAAAUCUCUAUGGAUGAUAAAAAAAUGCUGCACCUUUAUUGGUUUCUAAUAAAUGUUUUAGUAUUCCAUACAAUUGUCAGUGUCUUGUUAAUCUACAUUGUAAAGUAAA